AUGGAUAACCAGCAAAGAGGUUACACUUGUAAACAAUUAUAGCUAUAUUUGUACCAGAUCUAUUUGUAAACAAAACUGUUGAUUUGGACGAAGUUUUGUAACAACAGAACUGAUGAUUUAAGUCGAAAUGGUUCGUGUAAUGAUUAAAGGCAGGGACGCUUUUGUUUGGAACGCCGAAGAUUGGAUGAAGUUAAGACAAAAGCAUAGAAUCAUAGGAAAUCUUGUAGGAUGCCUUGCUCAGGUACCGAGGCAAGAUGUCGAGAAUGGCCUUCCGAUGAAGCUCCUUCCAGAAGAGGUGACGCUUAUCAAAGAAAUGAAUAUUGGAGAACUGUUCGCCUAUGUAAAUCCAAAAGCUCCUCCGACAGAAGAAACUAAAAAGAAAUUCAAUGAAUACAAUGAAAGAAUAAAAAAAGAACAGGUUGAUUAUUAUGAACAAAAACGAAAGCAAGAUGUCCUCUCCAUGAUAGACAUAAUUGUUGAAGGGAAACGGAGAAAAUUAUUAAAAGGUGAUCAAGAGGUUGUAAUCGAAAAGGAUGAAAUUUUAAAAUCUGAACUGGAAAAAACCAACACAAGUAAUUUGCAAGCUGGUGUCAACGUUCAAAUCCCGACUGAACACCCUUGGUUUAAGCUGGAAGACUUCAUCCCUGCUGAAUGGACCUACCCGGAAUCGCCGCUGGAAAAGCUCAAAUACAAAGUCUUCAAAGAUCUUUGGGGAAAAGGAUACUAUAUCACAAUGGGAACAAAGUUCGGAGGGGACUUUCUCAUCUACCCAGGCGAACCGCUCAAAUUCCAUGCUUUUUUCAUAAUAUUGUGCGCACUUGAAAACCAAAAUUUACCACUUACUAAAUUAGUCACACAUACGAGACUUGCUACAAUGACCAAAAAGACUUUCGUAAUUGCGAGUGAGCAAGAAGGCCGAAUUUUCUAUUCCAGUUUUCAAUGGACUGGCAUUAUUUAAAUAUACAAUUGUGUUAUUUUAAAGCUAAA